AGAGCACCGGGUGUUGGAGGGACUGCACCCAAAAGUGCUGGUCUUGCAGUGCGGGGCCAAUAAUAUGGAGCCGUUUGGUCCGCCAUCAGAUGAGGACAUAGCCCGUGGUAUCGGACAACUAAUCGCUCAGAUCCGGACCCAAUUGCCCGAAACCAAGAUUAUAUCCAUCGGUUUAUUCCCAUUCAAUCACCACAUGUUCACAAAGAGGGCCAAAAGGGUCAACGAAUUGUUGGCCACAAACGCCGAUGAGUUGAAUGUGUUUUUCAUUGAUUUA